AUGGUUGGGAAGCAUACCGUAUUUGCUGCCAAUGGGCGGAAUGGCCAAGCGUAUAAUACCGGUCACGAACAAGGGGAUGGUCAACGGCAGCCAAACAAUCGGCGCCCACGCGACCUGGAGAGAGGUGUGAGCCACUAUAGCCCAGAUAAAACCGGGCGGCCACGUCCGAGGAUAUUCCAAUUUCAGGACUUGGCGCACACAGCACUCGAAGACAGCCGGAGAGAACAACUGAAGGAGACGCUUUUACGAAACAUCGAUCGCCAUGGUCUGGAGAAAUUUCGAAAGAGCGAUGCAGAGCUCCAGGCCAUUAAGAAAAGGAAAGUCAGGGCGUUCUAUGAGCGACAGAACGAAAAGUUGAACGACUGGCUAGAGGUCGACGCCGUGGUUAUGGCCGUCGCUGAUGAUGUUCUCGAAUCGAUGGAUCCCGAUCCCGAUCAUGACGGAGACUUGGAGCGGAGGGGUGCGCUGCAGCAUAUGCACGGCAACAUCGCAGAGUUUCUACCAGAGGAAGAGAAGCAGGAUCGCGCGAAAGCCGCAAAGAAGGCAAAGUGGGCUAUCAACAUCAACGUCAUUGCCAAUAUCCUCCUGCUUAUUGGAAAGAUCGUGGCUGUUUUCUCGACCGGUUCACUUUCCUUGGUAGCUUCGCUCGUCGACUCGGCUCUUGACCUACUCUGCACACUGAUUAUCUGGACGACAAAUAAACUCGUUGGCUGGCGCAUCGGUGCGCUGAAGAAGCGGUUUCCGGUUGGUCGGCGCCGUCUCGAGCCAAUUGGUAUUCUUGUCUUCUCAAUCAUCAUGGUCAUCUCCUUCAUGCAGAUCUUGAAAGAGUCUGUCGAGAAGAUCAUGCCGUUACAGGGAGAACCCGAGAAACUGCCCGCCACAGCCAUCGGAGCCAUGGUGGCCACAAUUGUCAUCAAGGGAAUUAUUGGCAUAGGCUGUUACCCCAUCAAGACUACUCAGGUUCAGGCACUGUUUCAGGAUUGCAAGACGGAUGUUUUCUUCAAUACCCUUUCUUUGCUGUUCCCGUUCAUCGGCGAGAAAGCAAACGUAUGGUGGCUUGAUCCUGCUGGUGCUGGUCUUCUGUCCCUGUUCAUCAUCUAUGAUUGGGGCCACACCUGCUUCGAGAACGUUACUCGGUUGUCCGGAGAGGCGGUCGAUACCUGUACUUAUCAGAAGCUGAUGUUCCUCGCAUACCGCUUCUCGCCUGUUGUGGCCGGCUUCAAGAACGUGACGGCAUACCACUGUGGCGACGGAGUUUGGGUGGAAUAUGACCUACUAAUGGACGAGAAGACAAGCCUACGAUCCAGCCACGAUGUCGCCGAGACUCUUCAAUAUUGCGCCGAAGGCCUUCAUGAGGUUGAUCGUGCUUUUGUAUCGGUAGACUACUCCUCUAGUGGACCAGCUGGCCACGCCGAAGAUGCAGAGAGGAAUAAUUAG